GCUUGUCAAGGACACUCCCAAAUUGAAUCAAACAGGAAAUUUGCGAGCAAAUUCUUGUAGGACAAGAUUAUGGUCAAUUACAUGUCCCUCUUAUCAUAAUUCUAGGGCCACACAAUUUGUAUAAUGCGUCAUUAUGUCGAAUAGUGGAAUAGUUACAUGAACUGAUCCCAUGAGAAAGCUAAAAGUCGGCCAAACCCAAUUGCGUUAUUGUGUUGAAUCGUGGAAUAGUUACAUGAAGAACUGAUCCCAUGAGAAAGCUAAAAGUCGGCCAAACCCAAUCGCAUCUUCCGGAACUGGUCCUUUCAGAUGCUGUUUAAUUGUGCCCAACUACGACACUAAUAAUUCAUGGGACUGCAGUUUUAAGCCCAAACAAGAUUCUUCUUGCCCUUGUUUGUGGUGGUGAGACUAAGGAAUAAAAACCCCUGUGGACUCUUUGGUAAUUUCAUCAAGUUACUAUUCAAGGAGAACAACGACUAUUCACGAGGUGACAUAGAGAAUCAACAUGUAGCAAAGUAGAAGUCCUCUAAUAUCCUCAAUCCACAAUGUUGAGAAAAGUUGCCAACCAAAAAUUCUGCUUUGGAGAUUCUCCUGAUCUGAUUAACCCCUUCUUUUUUCCCUCGUUAGCUUUUGAGUGGAAACUAGUCUAAAAACACCUUCUGCAAAAGCCAGUUCCGUGGACAAAGUAAGUUCUCUGAAUUAUCGUUACCUACCUUCCUCGGCCUAAAUCAUAUUCCCCUAAUCAACAUCACUGCCUCUUGUGCCGACACUUAUCAUUCCACUUGGCACUAACAGUUGUAUCAUUAAACACAAAGGUAAACCCCAUCACGAAAAUGUUGUCAUAAUUUCCCAGAGGGACAAGCAAGUGAAACAUGCAGGUAGUCAACUACAGAUAAGGAGGAAAAUGGUGAGUGGGGAAUCUCAAGCUUGACAGAGGCGAAAGAUGACGUAUGCAUUUCCCCUUGGGAAAACCAAGCAUCACUUGGUGGGGACAGUGAACGGACAUAUCAUAGGUCUAAAAUGUCUUAAAUCAUACUACUUCAUCUUGUCAGUCUCAAUUUAUUCCACCCCUCUGAUGUAGAACCAAUUUAAGAGUCAAGAGAAGGAUUCAACAGAGUACCUUCAUUCAUUCAAAGUACUGUCAGCACGAAGAGGUGAACUAAGAAUCCAAAAGAGAAGAGUCUUCUGUACUGAAGAAAUUAGCAGCUAAGAAAAAAGAGAUGCCAAGUGAAGAAAGUAGCAAUCAAAGAACAGAAAAAAAUCCAGGAGAGUGGUUGAAUCUGAGCCUCGGAGCGGAUCCAACCCAAGCAUUCAAAGAAUCUGAGGUACAUCCAAGACCUGCUUCAGCCAAAGUUUUCUCAUGCAACUUCUGCAUGCGAAAGUUCUACAGCUCACAGGCAUUGGGAGGACACCAGAACGCUCACAAAAGAGAAAGAGGUGCAGCACGACAUUACCAAUCAAACAAAAUGAUGACAAUGAUGGCCUUGCCAAUGCAUGCUACUAUGUUUAGAUCACUUGGGGUGCAACCCCACUCCCUCGUGCACAAACCAGGCAGAGACGAAACCAGGAUUGUGGCAAGAUUUAACGAGGCUAAUACAAGAUUAGGGAUAGCAUGGCAGCCUGCCACACUGGAGGAAGCAACAGAUGUCAUGUGGCCUGGAAGUUUCCGGUUAGAACCCCAACAACCAGAGCAGAAAUCAUCAAAUUCAAAUACAAUUGACUUGAAUCUCAAACUGUAAUCAGCUUAUGUAUCUGUAAUACCAAAUUGAAGUUUUGUUUGUAAUGUAUGCUUAUGCUUUCCCGAGAUUUGCUAAUCAGUUUAGAUUCCAGUAGAGUUGCACUUCCAUUAUUUAGGACAAGUUCAUGAUGUAUUAUCUACUUGCUAAAGAAGAACUUCCACCUCUCUAUUA